AUGCCGCCGCACGCGCCGAGGGCUCCCGGGCGCUUCCGGGUUCGACACCAGCUGGGAAGGGACGGAAAUGCCCGAGCGGAAGCGGAAACGCCCGAAGCCCCCUACGAGAACAUGGCGCCAUCAGUGGGGGGCCGAGGGGAGCCACGGACCUUGGAGGGCCCCGUGAGCCCCGCGGAGGUGGAGGAGGAGGAAGAAGAGGAGGGCUACGAGCACCCCGACAGCGACAACGGCUCUGCCGACAGCGCCUGCUACGAGAACAGCAUGGAGGAGGCCAAGGCCAACGAGAGCUGGAGCACCGCUGCACCCCAGUACGCGAACACCCGCAAGGGACCCGCUGCCCCAGACCCCGACUCAGAAGACGUGUACGAGAACCCCGAGGAGACGGACGCCGCCCCGCUGAGCCCCGGCGCUGCCCGGCUGGUGACAGACCUGCGGAUGCUGCUGCUGGGGCUCGCCGAGGAGCAGGCCCCGGAUCGGGACCACCGGCAGGACGGGCGCAGCGACGGCUCAGCAGGGGAGGGGGGCAGGGGAGCCAGGGACCCUCCCACGCUGCUGGAGCUGCAGGUGUUCGUGAAGCCCUUGUCCCGCGCCCGGCUGGGCUCCCGGGCCCUGCUGCCGUGCCACUUUGCUGUCAGGGGGCCCGUGGCCCUGGGCUCCCUGCAGGUGGCAUGGUACUUCCAGGAGAAGUGCGUGGUGCAGUACGACCAGGGGACACGGGAGGCCCAGCCCCGUGCCAGCCUGCCCAAGGAUGAGCAGCUCUGCCAGGGGAAUGGCUCCCUUUCACUCUCCAGCGUGAUGGCGGACGAGGGGUUGUACCGGUGCGAGCUGCCUCGAGAGUCUCUGUCCACACCCGAUCGGCCGAGCUACAAACAGAGACGGCCUUUCCGUGCCACAUGUGGGGGUUGUACCGAGAGGACAUCACCGCCACGUGGCUGAGACGGAGAGCCUCAGACCGUCUCCAGGCACAGCGCGCUACCGAGAUGGGACUUUCGGCCUCACCGUGACCUACGCCUUCGCCCCGAACUGGUGGAACAUGGGCAGCAAGUUCUCCUGCCACGUGGAGCACGAGGCACUGGCACAGCCACUGCAGGAGGAGUUCUCCCUCUCUGUGACUUCGUGCCCACAUCCCCCCACAUCUCAGUGUCA